UAGUUGUGACAUGUUGAGAUUUCUUUCUUAAUUUAGUUUGACUACUACUGGAUGCCAAAUGGCUCACUUCUGCUGCGCAAACCUCCUUCAACCACUAAGGGGCAGUCAAGCAUGGAGACAAUUUUGGAGACUCUCCCAAAUGUUGGUGAGACAGUCAACUUUGGAGCACUCUGUUGGAUACUUUCAGAGACGUACUCUGACAUGGUUCCCAUGGGUUCAUACCCCGAUGAACGAUUCCAGGAGCCUGCUCCAAAGCAGAUGAUUAAAGAAUUUCAAGCAGAGUUGUCCAACCUCAGUGAAGCAAUUGCAACAAGGAACUUGCAGCUUGAAAUACCUUACAGCUACCUGGACCCUGCUCAUAUCGAGAACAGUAUUGCUAUUUAACUCAAGCUGUUUUAUCUCUCUGCAUGAGGCAACUAUAUCAAUACCUUUUAACACCUGUUUUGCAUGCUGGGUUGUGGGUUAAAUUCUGACUAUACUCUAGGCUGUAUCAUGUUAAGUCGGCCUAUGAUGGGGUACCUGUAUCUUUGUGUGAAUCGUGUUUUACAUAGACAUGUAGAAAUAAGUUAAAUGAGCAGUUUUGAUAGGACAUAUUUGAGCUUGGACUGAUAUGCAUCAAAGAGGUCAAAGUCCAAAAUAACAGAUACUUGACUAUCAAGGCUAGCUAAUUUCUUGAUGUUUAUCUUUUUUUAAAGUACCCUGUUCACUCGUUAAAUGAGUUGAAGUUAAAAUCAAAAGGGAACUUCUAUUGUGAGUCAGAAGAAUGUUAAGCCAUUGCAAUUUGCGUUUCAUAUGCGUUUUCAUGCUGUUUUAGGGUAUUUAGCAUACUCGUUUUG